AUGUCAAACAACAUCGUGGUGCUUGAUAACGGCGGUGGUCUAAUCAAAGCCGGCCAAGGCGGCGAGCGUGAUCCCGUCGCCGUUAUCCCAAACUGCCUCCUCAGACCUCUCUCCUCCAAGAAAUUCAUCUUCCCUCUCCCUCUCUCCGACCUCGACAUCGACCUCACCUCCGCCGCCGUCCGCCGCCCCAUCGACCGCGGCUACCUCAUCAACCCUGAACUCCAGCGCGACAUCUGGUCACACCUCUUCACCUCUCUCCUCCGCAUCAACCCUACCUCCUCCUCUCUCCUCCUCACCGAGCCGCCACUCUCUAUCCCUUCCGUUCAGCGCGCCACCGACGAGCUCGUCUUUGAGGAUUUCGGCUUCUCCUCUCUCUACCUCGCUAACCCUCAAUCCCUCGUCCAUCUCUACGAAGCUAGUCGCCAGCCCGACUCCGUCCUCUCACGGACUCAGUGUAGCCUCGUCGUCGACUGUGGCUUCUCCUUCACUCACGCCGUCCCCGUCCUCCACAACUUCACGCUCAACUACGCCAUCAAGAGGAUUGAUUUGGGAGGUAAAGCCUUCACCAAUUACUUGAAGGAGCUCGUCUCUUACCGAUCCAUAAAUGUCAUGGACCAAUCUUUCUUAAUGGACGAUGCGAAAGAGAAGCUCUGCUUCGUCUCACUUGACCUUCACCGUGAUCUCCACCUUGCUCGGGAGCGCCGAAAUGGAAACCGGAUAAAGUCCACAUAUGUUCUUCCCGAUGGCGUCACACAUACCAAAGGCUAUGUCAAAGAUCCUGAAGCUGCACAGAGGUACCUUAGUUUAGGGACUAAUGCCUCAGAUGAAGGAAGUAACAAUGUCGUGGAUAAGGCUGAGGGGGAGAGGAAGAAGGCCGACAUGAACAAAAACGAGAUUGACAUGACAAAUGAGCGCUUUCUUGUGCCUGAGACGUUAUUCCAGCCUGCAGAUCUAGGGAUGAAUCAGGCGGGACUUGCAGAGUGCAUUGUCCGAGCUGUAAGCUCAUGCCAUUCUUACUUGCAACCGGUUCUGUACCAAAGCAUCAUCUUAACUGGUGGAAGCACGUUAUUUCCGCAACUUAAGGAGAGACUAGAAAGAGAGCUUCGACCACUUGUUCCAGACCACUUUGAUGUGAAGAUAACAACUCAGGAGGACCCAAUACUAGGUGUAUGGAGAGGGGGUUCACUUUUGGCUUCGAGCCCGGAUUUUGAGUCCAUUUGUGUCACCAAGGCUGAGUACGAGGAACUUGGAUCAGUUCGUUGUCGGAGAAGAUUUUUUCAUUGA